AUGUGUGAAAAGAAGAGAUCUGAUAUAAUAAAGAGUUCCUUUGUAGUAAAUCAGUAUGGGGAGUGGUUAAGGGCCUCACAUGGAUGGGGGACUGGUAGAUUUAAUAAAGGAAAGGAUGGGAUGGAGGGUGUAAUAGAUGUUAACGAUGAAAGUGGAAGUCACAAAGAGAAUGUUAGUUCUCCUCAAAGGGAAGGGAUAAGUCAAGGGUCUUUGGAGGUGAGUGAUGAGAAGGAGGGUUUGGGUAAGAAGGUGGCUGAGGCAGUUUCUGUUGGGGAGAGGGGGGUAGUAGUUAGUAAUAGUAAGAUGGAAUGUGAGGGGGGUGAGGAUAGAGGAAAAAAGGUUGUGGCUCUGGGGGUAUGGGUGGAAGUGGAUCUGAGGGUGGGGAAAGUGACCAGAUGA